AUGUCGAUGGAACGUUACAGAGAACAUACCAUGAAUGUAACUACUGUAGGUAAUAAUGGAGUAGUGGCUGUAGUUCGAGAAACAACUAUGGAGAUAGGUCAACCUCGCGCCACAGGUGUCAUUGCAUUUAUUCGAAGAACAUAUCCAGCUUCAUAUAAUCAUGUUGUACGAAAUAUGCAUUCCAUUGAUGCACAAAUGAAUACAAAAAAGAAGCGUUCAAUGCGUGGAGGACAUUUACUCCUGUAUAGAUAUACUCUGAUUUUAGCGAUCGUUCUAUGUUUUUCUUUUGGUAUUGCAAGUAUAUUCGCGAAACCAUGUGCCGUUGUUCCUUUUGUUCUCUCCGUUCUGUACAUCGCAUUAUCUAUCUACAACAUAGUAAUAUUUUUCCUUAAUCGUCCUCUUAUUAAUAUUCUCCUCACCAGACAAGUACACCGAGGUGUCAUUGCCGGCGGUUUUAUAAACGAAUUUUACACCGUACCAGUGAAUGCAACAGUUCAGACAGGAGCAAUUGCUGCAUUUAUCGAUCCAGCAGUCAUUGCAGCGGCCGUCAAGCGAGAAAAUAUUCAACUUACUGAAAUAAAAGUUAUGCUCUACGACGAUCGUUACCUACGUCGCAGCAAGUUUCCAAAAGAAAUUAUUCUACACCUAAUAGUUUUCAUUAUUUUGUUCAUUCUUGCGAUUAUUUUUGUUAUUACGAAGUCUUAA